ACUACAUUUCCCCCCCACCACCCCCGACGUAACAUAUAUUUUGUUUUAUUUUUUUUUUUCACCCGGGAGGCUAAGCGAGCCUUGAGCUUUGGAUAUCAGUCGCUUUUUUCCCCUCUCCUCCAUCUUUUUCGCUCCUGCAUGCCGCUUCCCCGCUGCUUCCACUGCAUAUAGAUGUAUUUUGUGUCCCUUGUUUCCUCCAGUAACCCAUGUCUGUGUGCAUCCCGCCUCCCUGCGCUCUCAAUAGAUGGUGCAAGUCAAAAUGUCCAAAUCACCCGUAGACCCACUGUCUGCUGUGGAAACAGGCUCUCAAUCGCACUAUUUUCAGCUGCCCAGGAAGUUGCCUAAACGCAAGAGCCGCUUCAAACGCUCUGAUGGAAGCACGUCCUCUGACACAACAUCCAGCUUCAUCAAACGGCAGGGGUCGGCUGAUUCGUACACCAGUAGACCGUCGGAUUCAGACCUGUCAGCAGAGGAGGACCGCGAGGCGUAUCGGCGUGAAGCCGAGCGCCAGGCACAACUGCAGCUCGACAGAGCUAAGUCCAAACCUGUAGCGUUUGCAGUAAAGACAAAUGUGAGUUACUGUGGAGCUCUGGAUGAGGACUGUCCCGUCCAAGGAGCUGCAGUCAAUUUUGAUGCCAAAGACUUCCUGCACAUCAAAGAAAAAUAUAACAAUGACUGGUGGAUCGGUCGGCUAGUAAAAGAAGGAGCGGACAUCACCUUCAUCCCCAGCCCUCUACGACUGGAGGCCAUGAGACUCAAACAGGAGCAGAAACAAAGGAAAACAGGGGGUAACUCCUCUAGUUUAGGCGACAUGGUGACUGGAGGUUGGAGGACCACACCACCAUCUGCAGGUGAAUCCAAACAGAAGCAAAAACAGGAACACGUCCCCCCCUACGACGUGGUGCCCUCUAUGAGGCCGGUGGUCCUCGUGGGACCAUCUUUGAAGGGCUAUGAGGUGACGGAUAUGAUGCAGAAAGCUCUUUUUGACUUCCUGAAACACAGAUUUGAGGGAAGAAUCUCAAUCACCCGUGUAACUGCCGACCUGUCUUUAGCCAAGAGAUCCGUCCUCAACAAAAGACCCAUAAUGGAGAGAUCCAACACUCGCUCCAGCCUAGCGGAGGUUCAGAGUGAGAUUGAGAGGAUAUUUGAGCUCGCCAAAACCCUGCAGCUGGUGAUUCUGGACGCGGACACCAUCAACCAUCCCGCCCAGCUAGCCAAAACCUCCCUCGCACCCAUUAUUGUCUACGUCAAAGUUUCCUCACCAAAGGUGCUCCAGAGGCUCGUCAAAUCCAGGGGGAAGUCUCAGAGCAAGCACCUGAAUGUGCAGAUGAUGGCUGCAGACAAACUCUCUCAGUGCCCCCCUGAUAUGUUUGAUGUCAUUUUGGAUGAGAACCAGCUGGAAGACGCAUGUGAGCAUUUGGCUGAAUACAUGGAGGUCUACUGGCGUGCCACUCACCUCCCAGGCAACACGCCUCUGAACCCGUUACUGGAGCAGAGUCUGAUGACCCCGCCUUCUGCCAUCUCUAGCCUACAGAACAAGAACCAGCCGCAGCCUCGUGAGGCGGUGGGCUUGGAGGGUGACGAGGAGGAGGAGGCAGGCGAGGAGGCCCACUCCCCCUUGGAGCAGGACAGUCUCAUGCCGUCUGACGAGGCCAGCGACUCCCUGUCUCGCGGCCAGAGGGGGAGCCCGUGCCAUAGGGGGGGCGAGGAGGACGAAGAAGAGGAGGAGGAGGAGGAAGAGGAGGAGGAAGAGGAGGAGGAUGAGUACGCCUCCCCCUGCCAUGCUCGCACUUACAGGGACAUGUACCCCCCUCACCGUGGGCACACAGGCAGUGCCCACAGUGCCAACGGGCACGAGUCACAGGACAGGCUGCUCCAGCGUGAAGCUCAGCAAGGUCACAACCAGAGGAACAACCGCCAGCGCAGCCGCCCCUGGCCCCGAGACACCUACUGAGGACCGACCUGGCCUCCAGAUCAGCACCGAGAUCGCCCCAAGCCCUCCGAACCGUUCCCAAACAAUUUAGAGAUGAAAAAAGUCGCCCCCCCCCCAAAAAAGCUUAAAUCAGAGAAACAGUUGCCCAGUUUACUAAGCAGACGCCCAUGUGUGUUUAGUUCAAAGAAUUUCCAGCCGCACUCUUCCAGACUCCCAGUUUAUCUAAAGCGAGGGGAUGUAACGACCUCGCCACAUUCAGAUAAAAGUCAACAGGGCUACUCACCUCUGCAAUGGAAAGGUUUCAGGCUACCAGCUGUACGCAAACUCAAACUUUAGCUGCUUUGCCUAAAGGUUUCUCUAUUGUAGGAUGUCUCAUAUACUGGCCUUAAAAUUCCUAAGACUUUUAAACUCUUUACUAUUGCAUGUAUGAGUAUAAUUAUUUUAAGACUAUUUGCACAUUUACGUCAGAACAGGAAGUGAAUGACCUUUACGGAUAAACUAAAAUGUAGGAAUGUCUACUGUUGAAUCCAUUUAUGGGAAAUAGUAAUGCAUUUGAUUACAAUGUAUAUACUGAAUGGGCGCCCGGUUUUGUUUCAUUGCUACUAUAUUUGUUCGAUUUUGUUAAUAUGGACUUGUUUGUUGUUUCAGAGAAAUGUUGCCAUCCAUGUGUUGAGUCAGUUUGUACUCUGAAGGCGGCGUGCGGCAGGUGGGAGACACAUGCAGUUAAUCAGACUGAGUCUCACAAUGUAAGUAAGCAGUACGGCGUCAGUGUCACCCACAGUACAGUACAGUACGUCCUGGGCAUCGCUUGUCUUUGCUGUUGCACAAUCACUCUCUUAACACCUCUACAAAAUCUGAAAAACUCGCACAGAGAAUGUAAACACAACGAGAAAAGGGAAUGUUAUCUUUCAAUGGAUGAAAUAUUUGCCAACCUGCUUGUUUACAUCGAAUCAUUCACAUUUUGUCAAGCACACGCUGCGCAGCUGCAGCUCCUCUUCAAAUCCAGGCUUCAGAGAAUGUAAGCUUGCAUGCCUUUUGCACCUCCAAAGCACCACCCGGUGUCUCCGACCCCCAACCGAUCGCCCUGUAAUUCGAUUGUAGCACGUUAUUGAUUGUAGCAUCCACAGUUUCUACACUUCUCCCGCCCCCCUUUGUGCGUCCUUUUUGCCAAACAUUGUUUUGUGUUCUGCAGUUUUAACAGUCGAUUCGGUUUUUAACCAAGGCAGAUCCUCAGGUGUAAAGUCCUACACACUCAUCGCAGCUCAGCUCCAUCAAACGAAUGUGUCGUGCUCCUGAAGGACUCGUAGCACCCGUGACACGAUGUCAUUCCGUUCCUGCACCGUUUUCUAGCCAAUGACGACGACGACGAUGAGCUCGGACGUGAUGCUGACGAGCAGUGACCUGCUUUCGUUCACGCACAGUGUCGAUACCGUUAACAGCCGGCUUUAGGAAUUUACUGGUUUACUGCUUCCAUGUCUCACAGGUAUCUCUCUCUCUCUCUCUCUCUCUCUCUCUCUAUCUCUCUCUCUCUCUCUCUCUAUCUCUAUCUAGUGUUCUGUAUAUUUUGAAGAGAAAAAAAAUCAGCAUGAUUUGAAAAAAAAAGAAAAAAAAUCUAUGCAAGUGUUGCAUGAAAAUCUGAUUCUUUUUACAGUUAAGUAUUUUAGUAAUGCAUUGAUUUUGAUUCUCCUCGAUGUCUUGUAGUGAUAGUCUUGUCUUUGGGGCUACUCACUCCUCACACCACUAACAACACUAUAACUUCAAAAAAAAAAAUCAGAAUGCAUCAGUUUAUUUAUUCACAAUGUACUUUAAUAUUGGGGAAUUUUCUUCCACAAUAUUGGCUGGACACUGGUCGAUGCACUUUUAAAAAGUCACUCACUACAAAUUGUCCCAGAUCAGGCCUAUGAUUUUUAUUUUGUUUUUUUUUAAUUUGUGAUGAAAAGGAACAAGUGAAUUAUUAAAGCCCUGCAUGUCUUAGUUCACCAAUUAGCUAUUUUCAUUAUAUUUUGGCAGAGUAUGUUUUUCAAAGCGGACCAAUUUAGCAACUGAUAAAAAGCAGUUGAGAUUUUUUCAAUUUAUGAAGCACAAUUUUUACAAGGGUUAUAAUUUAGUUUCCUCUGUCUUAUUCUGUAUGCAAUACUAAGCCUAACAUUGAAAAACUUUAAAACGCCUUAGACCAUCUGGACUUCCUCUUUUUGUGUGAGUAGAGAAAAAAAAAAAUUGCACUACUUUUUUUUGGGAUGGUUGCUUUGUAAUGCAAUAACUGCACUAAAUAUAACCGUGUAUCCACCAGACUACCACAGCGUGCUAGCGUGACCCAACACGCCUCUUCCCUCUAUUUAUCAAAAGAGACAGCAAAUGUGUAAAAAGUGAGACAUUUCCUGCCUGAUGCUGUAUAGAAUGCUUUCUAUUUGAAAAUAGAUUUACAAUGCUAAGUUAAAAAAAAAUAUGACAAACAAAAUAAACAUGACAUUUUAUGUACUUUUAA